AUGAUGCGUGACCAGAAUCGUCAAGCCUGGCACGCAGACUUUCUGGCAGUGUGGAUGAGUGUGAUCGAUUCGCAAGCUUUGAGUAAGGGGUGGAAGCAAUCCACGCUUUACGACGAACUUCAGCGGCUCGUCACAGACUUGGAUGUCACGGAGAUUGUUCAAGGGAACAGUCCACGAUCCGACAAGUUCGAGAACUUGUAUAAUCUUGUUGCGACCAGAGCCCACGGCGAGCACAGACCUGCCUCAGUCCACGGAGGACCACAUACCAUCUUGCCAAUCGCAGCAUUGAGGCCACCACUUCCAUCAAAUGCAUCCAAAUCCAUAGACUUUCACUUUCGAUGGACUCAGAGCUGGCUGCCCAUUAUGGACAAAGGCAAUGUCCAUCGUUCACUCUACCGCGUGCGUCGAGACGAGGCGGUCGAGUGCGCAGCUGACGAAGCCAGUCUAUAUGCUCUGCUGAGCCUGACGACUGUGCAGCAAUCUGGCGACAACCUAGAACAUCAGCUCAAUACUUCGUCUGCUUCGCUGUUUGCCACUCAUGCGCACCGUUUGCUUCACGAGUGUACUGGUCCACCCACGCCUACUACUGUCCAAACCAUGCUUCUUCUUGCCCUUCACCACAUCACGAGGGAUUGUCAGGAAGACGCCUGGGUACUCGUUGGUCGGGCAACACGAGCUAUUGCUUUGCUACAGCGGUCUUGUGGUGAUGAGCUUUUACCGCUUAGCUUCCGCCCAGAGCGUGAAUUAUUGAAGCGCCUUAAUCUCGCAGCGUUCGUCCUUGACAGUCUGCUCUCUGCUCACUUGAGAUUACCGCAUGCCCUUGGUCCUUCUGGUUCUGGCCCAAUUGAGCGUCUGAUCGCGGACGGCACCGAGGAAUGGGAACCAGGCCCAACAUCAUCUACAAGCAUUUUCACGAACGGUCCCGGCUUUUGUCUCAGCACCUUUAACGACCUUGUGGAUUUCAGUGUUCAGCUUAGCAUUAUGCAGAAUUCGGCUGGCGGAGAUCAGAAGGAUAUGAUGAGACCCCGAGUACGGUUGGACCAAGUGGCAAGCACGUUUCCGCAGCAUCAGACGCUUCAUCUUUUCGGCACAGUACUGGCGCUAAUGGAGUCUCCCACUGUAGCUGAUGAUGGCGAUUUAGACAAGCUUUUGCUCAGUGUACAAACGGUGGUUACUACAUACAACGUCUACUACCCGAUCAGCACAGUGCCUAUCAUCUGGCCAAUGUUAAUCGACCUGGUCAAGGAGAAGAUAGAGGCGCUACCACGCACAAGCAAUGUUCAAGAUACGGCGAUGGCACUGGCGCGCUUCCUGAAAGCUGCUGAAGUCAAUCUUCACGUUGCUGCUUCCGUGAGGCCAGCAUUUGACAACAUCGGAGCCCGCGAGCCGACCGACCCAUGUGACCCCGGUUCCCUCCACAUUCUGAACACUACAAUGGCAGACCACCCUUCGAAUCAGAGUGGACUCACUCGAUUCACAGCGGCAACAUAUAACGUUGAUCCAAUGACGCCACUUUCUGGUGGAGGGCGCACGGACGUAUUCGAGGCACCUGUGCCUGACACAUUGUCCACUCUUCCCGCAACUGAUCGACCAACGGAUUUUGAUGUUAAUGUAGAUUUUUCGGGAUACCUGAUGGAUGGAGAUGCAUAUGGAUGGGACCACCAUUGGGAUCAAAGUCUACACAACCUUGGGUUCGCAGACGUUGACAUGCCUCUCCUUGACCUUGACUUUCCUUUGUCCACGGAGCAAGAAUUCUCUCUCGACGGAGCGGACACUGCAAGCUAA